GGACAGAGCGAUACGCUGAUGUUCUUAGCGAAAAUUAUGUUUUUGUAGCAUCAAAAAUUUUGCAUGUUGCAUCUUUCACUGUACGAGAAAAUUCUCGUAAUAUGUAGUUUAAGCAGCACAAAUUCUUCUUCAAGAUGUAGUUAUGGCUUGUCAAAUUAAAAAUAUGUACAUGUAGUAAACACGCAUUUAGGGAAUGGAUGUUCUCUUAACUGAUUAACAUUUUUUUUCUAAUUUGAUAAGUGAAAUAUGAAUGAUGUGAAGUUUUUGUACAGUAAUUUGAUGAAAAGAAGACAAAGAAACGUCAACUUUGUUUUUAUUUGUACUGAAAUGUAGAUUAUGGUUGAAAAUAAUGAAAAGUUAACCUAUUUGGAAAAAAUAACAAAAUUAGUGGAUUAAAAUUGACGAAAAAAAGAAAGCUACAGUUUGAAAGAAAAAGAAGACCAAGGCAUUGAAAAAUGAAAUUGGUGUAUAGAGUUUUCGACAACGAAAUCUCGAAAGUUAAUAAAGCAAACAAAAGCUAAAUCUACCAUGUCAACCUCGGAGGCCAACGAUAAUUCCAAUCUGAAUCUUCUGACGGUAAAGGACGAUGCUGUCCAGUCAGUUGAUAGUGUCGCUUUAAAUCGUGACGGUGUCGCCGAAGUAGAUGAAGACACAACUUGUGGAAUAGGGAGUUUCAGACCCCAAUGGAUUCAGUCAUGGGCUACCCCAAAAAUGUUCCUCCUCUUCUUUGCAAUAACAGGCGUUGUUCAGGGCAUGUUCUUUGCCUAUCGGAUAGGUGUUCUGUCCACCUUAGAAAAGAGAUAUGCGUACGACAGCAGGGUAAGUGGUGCUAUAGUGAUGGUGGAAGAGGUGACACCAGUAUUUUUAGGGGCGCUUCUUGGGUACUUUGGUAGCAAAGGUCAUCGAUCCCGGGUCAUUGCUGUAGGAAUGUUUGCAAGCGUGCUUUGCAGUUACAUUUCUACCAUUCCAUAUUUCAUUUAUGGGUCUGCUUCCGAAUUUUCUUCCCUAGCAAUAGAAAAUAAAACAAGUGAGGAUAUGUGUGUCAUUGAGACAAAGACAGAUACUUGCAACGAUGAAGGAAAACCUGCAAAAUUGCCAACCGUUCUAAUUUUUAUGUUGGCAAGCGUUUUUCAAGGAUUUGGUACAAUUGCCUUUCAUGCCAUUGGAGUGCCUUAUUUGGAUGAUAUUGCUAAGAAGAGGGACGUUCCUCUCUAUCUAGCUGUCACACAGGCCUUGAGAACUCUUGGACCAGUGUUUGGAUUUCUUUUGUCGUCCGUCUUCCUAAAGUACUAUGAAAGUCCUAUGGAUGAUCCUGGAUUUGGACCCGAAGAUCCACGUUGGAUUGGAGCAUGGUGGUUGGGAUUUCUUGUUCAGGGAACCCUACUCUUUAUAUUUACAAUUCCAUUGCUUCUCUUUCCAAAAAAAUUGCCCGGGAAAAAGCAUGUGAAAGAAACUAACUUAGAACAGCAAAGCUUAAAAUCUCAUUUACUUGGAUUUUUCAAUGCACUUAAACGAUUGGGAACAAACGUAUUGUGCAUUUUCCUGUGGUUAAAUACAGUUAUCAGCGUUUAUGGAGGAGUCGGACACUUCAUGCUUCUUCCUAGGUAUAUGGAGCAGCAAUUUAGACUGUCAGCAGCUGAUGCAAGUUUAUAUUCGAAUCCUCUGGGGCUCACAGCCCUAAUACUCUCUCAACUUGGUGGUGGAAUUUUCAUAUGGAAGUUUCAACCAAAAGUGAAGUCCAUCAUCAUCGGAAUAAUAUCACUGGAAUUCAUUGCCUGCAUAGGUUGCCUUUUGUUAAUGAUACCGCAGUGUGAUAGAAUUGACUUACAUAAUAAUGGAUAUAAUGCAGAAGGAUUGAUCUUAGAGAACGAAUGUAACUCGAACUGCAACUGUUCUUUGAAAUCCUUCGCCCCAGUUUGUGGACCAGAUGGCAAAACGACUUACUUUUCACCGUGUUUUGCUGGUUGCAAAGAAUCUUUCUCUGGGAAAGAGAGUAAAAAGACAUUUACAAAUUGUUCCUGUGUUAUUGAUUUUUCGGAAGAAGCUAACAAUUUUGUUACUGAAGGAUACUGUUACGAAGACAAAUGUUGGUCUCAGGCAAUAGUUUAUAUAGCUUCACUUCCCGUACUACAAAUAUUAGUUAAUUUCUUGAAAGUUGGAUAUACAAUGUUGCUUCUGAGGUCUAUUGCUCCAGAAGAUAAAAGUGUUUGUUUAGGAACCUUCGAAAUGCUCAUCUGCCUGUUUGCAUUUAUUCCGUAUCCUGUUGUGUCUGGAGCAUUGUUGGAUUCAGCGUGCAUCAUUUUUGAGAAAAGUUGUGGUACCACAGGAAACUGCUGGUUUUACGACGUAGAUAAGUUCAACUAUCUGAUCCAUGGUCUAUCUGCAUUUUUUACAGCUGUUGGAGUGACAUGGUUCUUCGGCAUUUACGUUUAUCGAGACCGACUUCGUGAUUUUUAUGAAGAAGAUGAUGAUGAAGUGGACUAUAAAAUGAACACUGAUGUGAAAAAUACUGGAGACAUAAACCUUACGGAAAUGUAGCCAGGGUAUCAGCCAGAUAUUUUUGGAUAUAUCAUCAUGUUCAGACAAACAAAUCGAUAUGCUAUAUUUAAAGACAAAUAUUUUAAGUUUAAAUCCUGAAAAUUACGGUAUUUUUGACAAUACAUAUUAAACUAGAAAUAAAAAU